CUUGGUGAUUACUGCAACCAGAAAAUAAAAUAAAAAAUAAUGUCAAGCGUAGAUCACUACAGUGUUCUUGGUGUGUCAAAGGAUGCAUCAGCAAUUGAAAUCAAGCAGGCCUAUAGAAAAUUGGCUAUAAAAUAUCACCCAGACAAAAACCCUGAAGGUGCCGAAAAGUUCAAAGAAGUUGUUCAUGCCUAUGAAACUCUUUCAGACGAAAAGAAACGUGCAGCAUAUGAUCGUGGAGAGGAUACUUCGAUGGACGGUACCUUUAGAUUUGAUGAAAGCAUGUUUGACAUGCUUUUUGGUAACUCUUAUAAACGUUCGUUUUAUGAUGAAGAUGGUGAGGACGACAAUGAAGGUCCUAGACACGGAACUCCUGUCAAGCUCAAGGUUACUUUGGAAGAACUUUAUACUGGCUGUACACGCAAAAUGGAGUUUAGCCAGCGUCAAGUUUGUAAAGCAUGUCGUGGAGUGAAAAAUUCAAAGAUUCGUCGUAGUACGUGCCCAACGUGCAAAGGCACAGGUACAGGACAACCCCCACGAAAUAAAAAGGCCAAAAAUGCACCCAAGUCGAGACCACAAAAAUGCAAAGAAUGCCAAGGUGUUGGAAAGGUCAAGAUGGUUGAUACGUGCAAAGUGUGCAAUGGAGAACGUUACAAAAUGGAAGAUACCACGGUCGAAGUGAAGGUACCAAAGGGUGCAUCCCCUGGCUUUACUAUCGAGCUACCAGAAAAAGGAAAUGAAACUGCUGGAUCAGAAAAAAGGGGAAAUUUGCUGGUUGUUAUUUCUCAACAGAAACACAAAGUAUUCAAACGACUCCACGAUGACCUUGCAGCAACCGUACAGAUAACUCUAACAGAGGCACUGACAGGAUUCAACAGAGUGCUUUUGGUCCAUCUGGAUGGUCAACCGAUCAAGGUCAGCCAUCCCGGUGGAAAUGUCAUUAAACCCGGAAUGCAAAAGAUCAUCAAGAAAAUGGGCAUGCCUGUCCAAGACAACCCACGAACAAAGGGUGAUCUGUACAUCAAGUUUGACGUUGUGUUCCCUGACAAGAUCGACAUACCAAAAGACAACAAGAUCACAUUAGAAGAUUUGCUCCCAAAG